AUGGCUGAGAAGUUGCUUAUCCUUGUUUUACUUACUAUCCUGAGUCGACAUGCAAAUUCUGGCUCUAUUGUCAAGUUUCUUCCUGGUUUUGAAGGUCCUCUCCCCUUCGAGCUUGAAACCGGGUAUAUCGGUGUUGGUGAAGAAGAGGAAGUGCAAUUGUUUUACUACUUCAUCAAAUCUGAGAAGAAUCCAAAAGAGGAUCCUCUUCUUCUCUGGUUAUCCGGAGGACCUGGCUGCUCAUCUCUCACUGGUCUUCUUAUUGAAAAUGGGCCUCUGAAAUUCAAAGUCGUGGAUGACUACAAUGGAAAUAGCCCCACUCUGAUUUCUACUACAUAUUCAUGGACCAAGGUGGCCAACAUAAUAUACUUGGACCAGCCUGUUGGGACUGGUUUCUCCUACGCAAGAACUCCAUUUCUUGAUACACCUAGUGACACUGGAGAAGCUAAGCGGAUCCAUGAAUUUAUUCGUAAGUGGUUUAGCGAGCAUAUAGACUUUAUUACGAAUCCUUUCUAUGUCACUGGAGAUUCUUAUUCUGGUAAGGUUAUUCCAGCCACCGUUCAAGAGAUCUCCCAAGGAAAUGAUCUUGGCUUUAAACCUAAACUUAAUCUUGAGGGUUAUGUGUUGGGAAAUCCGGUAACAGACAUGGAAUUUGAGCAUAACCAGCGGAUUCCAUAUGCUCAUCGAAUGGGAUUGCUCUCUGAUGAACUCUACGAGUCGUUAGAGAAAAGUUGCAAAGGAAAUUAUUAUGAGAAUAUAGAUCCACAUAACACAGAAUGCUUGGAACAUUUUGAAGAAUAUACAAAGUGUACUUCUAGAGUAAAUUGGCCUCUCAUUACAAUGCCACGGUGUGAAGUCGCGUCAGCUCCAAGAAGAAACAUCGAAGUACUCCUCCUUGCAAACCUUUCGAUUCCAUCUACUGAUGAUUGCUAUAUAUAUACAGAAUUGAUAUCUUCACAUUGGACCAAUGAGGAGCGCGUGCUUGAAGCACUUCAUGUGGUAGAGGGAAGUGUAGAAAAUUGGGUACGAUGUACUGAUGAUGAUAUGCCAUAUAAUAUCGACAUUAAAAGCAGCGUACCAUACCAUAUGAAUAACAGCAUCAAAGGCUACCGUUCUCUAAUCUACAGCGGUGACCACGACCUGGUGGCGCCUUUCAUAUCAACAGAAGCAUGGAUCAGAUCUCUCAAUUAUUCAAUUACUGAUAAGUGGAGGCCAUGGAUGAUACGUCAUCAAGUUGCUGGUUACACUCAGACUUAUGCUAAUAACAUGACAUUUGCUACUAUCAAAAACGAGCGUGGUCAAGUUGAUCUCUGGUCUGAGAAAUGUCUCCCACCACCGCCAGGAACAGUCCACAUAAGGAUUCCUCGAAUACAUUCGGUUGCUAAGAGAUUUGGAAUAGAUUAUGCACCUGCAAUGGUUGGUUUCGGGUACAGAAGUGGACGUGCUAAUCCUGUUUAUGAAGGCAUAUGCAGAAGAACAAGAAAAGAGAGAAGACGAAAUGAGGCAGAAGCAGCUUCGAGAUGGUAUCAGCUUCUGUUGUCUAUCUUAACCCGAGAAAGUUUGAAAAACCGUUACGCCGAUAACUCAAAGGAGGUCGAAACGAGGAGUUUGGUAGCGAAAACAGAGACGGUCGUGAGGGCGGAGGAUGUGAAAUCACCUAAAAAGCAGGGAGGGGUUAAGAGAGGAAGAGAGUCUCGUAGUGAAGACGAAAGCCAUGAGCAAGAAACGUUUGCUGAAGAGACCUGUGUGAAAACCAAACGCUGCAAAUGUGGCUUUUCUGUCCAAGUUGAACAGAUGUAA